AUGGAUUUCUCCGUUUUGCCAAACAACAACCAUCCUGACAAAUUCCUACAACUGGAGGUGAAGUCUUUAGUGAACAACUCUGCCUUCCUCCAAGCCAGCCUGGCAAACUUCCCAGAAGCAGCUUUACCUGGAGUGCAGCGGUGGCACAACAGAAUCUAUUUGCAGGGGGCUGAUGGAACUCCUUCGCUGAAGAAAAUCGAGGUAGGAGAACGAGGGAAAAAGAAAUCCACAGCAGAUAAAAACCAGGUAAACGGGUCCUUACAAAAGAAAAGUGCCCUUCCCCGUGCCGGCAGCGCUCUCCGGGGUGUGUUGCCACGCUUGGCACGACCGGAGGUUAUAAUUCUGAACAGAUUGCUUGCUAAUGUAAUAAUCGCGUUGCUGCCCACUUUCCUCGGCCCUGAGGAGGCUGUUGCGAAACAAUUCUUGCGAUAUCUGGCGGCCUGGAGUUUCUCGAGCCUCUCUGGGUGCGACUUGCAGGGCCAGAAGGGGCGCCAGGGCGGGCGGCUGAGCUCGACUGCGGUCGCUUCGUCGCGCAAAAGAGAAAAGAGAAAUGUCAUGGAGCUGCCUGGCUUGGAAUUGAGCAGGGUCAGCCAAGAAAUGAUAGACAAAGCACUCGGGAAACAUAUUACACCUGUCACCCUUAAAUCCACAAUCAAAAGCAACCCCUUGUACAGUGAUAUCCACGUGGAUGAUGACUGGGAGGAGAAGAAAAAGACUCCUUCCUGGACCGUGCAAGACUUUGACAGGCAUUCGCUGCGCUCCAACUUGGCCAGCAGCAUCAAGGAAAAUCCUAAUGAUCUACAGUUCUGGAUGGGGGAUAUUUAUACUCCUGGGUAUGAUACCUUGUUAAAAAAGAAAGAGAGAGAAAAAAACCAUUCCAAAUGUUGCCGAAUCAUCAUGCUCAUGGUACUAGCUGUUUGCAUCCUGAUUACCAUAGUCUCGCUCAGCGUUUUACUUACUUAA